CCUGGAGGAGCUACCGCUGCUAGCUCUCCAGCUAGCCGUUUGGUCAAUAAAGUGAUGGAUUAAAUCAUUAAGCAACCAAAACAAAUGACAGCAUAAUUGGGCAAUUUAAGACAAAAGUCGUCAUAUGUCAGCGCACCAGUGAGGCUUCAAGUCUGCUGUCUUUCCAAGUUAGUGACAGUGGUGGAGCUUUCACCGUUGCGUAGCUAACGCUAACGCUAACAAUUUAGCAAUUCGAGCAGCAAUCAUGAUGGCCUCUAGCUACAACGCCAAAGACGAGGAUGGACAUAUCACCGUGUCCGGGCCUGGUGGCGGGACCCUGCGGAGCAAGAAGCCCGAAAACACCGCGUUCAAACAGCAGAGACUGCCCGCUUGGCAGCCCAUCCUCACCGCGGGCACUGUGCUCCCUGCCUUCUUCAUCAUCGGACUCAUAUUCAUCCCCAUCGGCAUCGGCCUGUAUGUAACGUCCAACAACAUCAAGGAGUUUGAGGUUGAUUACACAGGAGUUGACAUGUCCAGUCCCUGCUUCAACUGCUCCCAGAACUUCAGCUGGAACAGCACAAGGCCUUGUACCUGCACAAUACCCUUCUUCCUGGAGCAGCCAUACGAAAGCAGCGUCUUCAUGUAUUACGGGCUCUCCAACUUCUACCAAAAUCACCGUCGCUACGUCAAGUCAAGAGAUGACAGCCAGCUGAAUGGAGACCUGGAAUCCCUCAUGAAACCCAGUAAGGAGUGUGAGCCGUACGCUAACCAUGACAACAAGCCAAUUGCACCGUGUGGAGCCAUCGCCAACAGCAUGUUCAAUGAUACGUUGGAGCUGUUUUACAAUGAUCCCAACGGCACAAAGAUCCAGAUUCCUCUGACGACUACAGGCAUCGCCUGGUGGACUGACAAGCAUGUGAAGUUCAGGAACCCUGGAGUCAACAACCCAAACCUCACCGCUGUGUUCCAAGGUACAACGAAGCCGGUGAACUGGCGCCGGCCAGUCUACGAGCUGGACACCGUCCCAGAGAACAACGGCUUUGUCAACGAGGACUUCAUCGUGUGGAUGAGAACCGCCGCCCUGCCGACCUUCCGCAAACUCUACCGCAUCAUCAAUAAGACGAGCAACAUGGUUCCAACUCUGCCGCGAGGAAACUACACUCUGGAGGUGGUCUACAAUUAUCCUGUCCGCAGCUUCGAGGGCAGGAAGCGGAUGAUCCUGAGCACCAUCUCCUGGAUGGGAGGCAAGAACCCGUUCCUGGGCAUCGCCUACAUCACCGUGGGCUCCGUCUGCUUCUUCCUGGGCGUCGUCCUGCUGAUCAUCCACCACAAAUGCGGCAACCGCAACAACAGCGCCGACAUUUCUAACUGAGACGGCAGCUGCCCUCCUGCUCACCUCUGCUGCAGUGUACUCUGAUCCUGUGACACAUCUGUCAACCUGAGGCCAAGCCUGUAAUACUCACUGAAGCCACUGUAACCUAUUCAGCAGUGUUUAAAGUCGCUGGACGGCGGCUGAUUAUUUGCCAAACUGAAUGGAAAAUUAGCCAAACAUUUGCAGCCAGAGUCGACGUCUAACAGCCUCUAACAGGUUUUCUUCCCUGGUAUGGCAUCAGACUGAUGUGUCAUGUGAUCAGUGCCCUUUAGAAUCCAAAAUGCACUCAGAGCUCCUAUUCAGGUCUGGAAAUGGUAAUGGAGAUUUAAAAAGAUAAGUUCCAUGUCUGGAUUAGUUUGGGAAUCUGACAGAAACUGUGAAAAAUGACUGCAGUGCUUUGCUCGGACCAAGACUGCGAGGACACAGAGUCCUCGAGGAGGAGUUUCCGUUCCACAGAACACUAGCCUGUAAAACACUCUGAUGCCAUGUCUACAUUCAGAGAAUAAUCAGUGGCUUUAAAGAAAGAUGCUCUAAAUUCUCUGCUUCCAGCUUCUCAGAUGUGAAUAUUUAAAGUAAGAUCAAUUCAUUAAUCCCCAGCUGGGAGAAAUUUGGUGAUUUCUUUGUCUUUCAUGAUAGCGAAUUGAAAAUCUUUGGAUUUUGGAUUGUUGCUCAGAUCAUUCAUGUAAAAGGCGUCUGGAGACAUGAAUUUGGCCUCUAUUGUCAUUGGAAGCCCUGAACAGCUGUGCUUGCAAUUGUUUUUUUUAAUGCCAUUAUUGAGUGGAGGGAAUUAUUUCAUUAUCUUGUGGUAACAAAGUUCGUUUCAUCGGCUUCAUUUAUCUUGUUCUCAAGAAAACAAAAGGCCGAUUUCUUGAGAUAACGAGAUCAGUUAUCAAGAGGAAACGGCUUUUCUCAGCCAGCAGCUGCUCAAGAAAAAAAGCCUUUUAUGAUGGCAGAGGUUUGCCUUCCUACUGCACAUAGUGACCCCCACAGCAUUUCCACAUACCUGCCCACAGACACCUGCUGACUGUGACCCCAGACCUUUAUCUACAAACUCAUGCUGUAGCUAAUUCAGUGGGAUGUUGUGUGUAGUCAAAUGCGCUGACACCUGCUGACGAGAUGAAAGAUUUUCCUUUAAAGACUGCAAGCACUGUCUUUCUCGCCUUCUGUAAUUUUCUGACAUUAAUGGACCAAAGGAUUAAUUAAGAAAAUAAUCAGAUUAAUCUGUAAUGAAAAUAUAAAUUUGCUGCAGGGAUCGCUUCACUGUCAAGCAAACACCGGAGGGAUGUUUACAAAACUGCAGUCAUGCUGUCAGUUGCUAUCAGCUUCAUCAAGUUAAACCAACCAGAAAAGAAAAAUCAGCCCUGGAAUAUCUGAAAAGUUUGGCCCUGACUUUCCAGGCCCCUGUAGGAUCUCUGAGCAGAUGCAGUGAAGGUGAGCUGGAGUGCUGUUAACGUGACGUCCUGAGUUGCAUGCUGGUUAGCAGCAAUGUUGAUGUGAUCAUUGAGCUGCCCGAGCGGCUCCUCUUUGUGCCUCGUCUCUAACAUCAGCCCACUUUCAAUCUAAGGUCACGCUUUUACCGAGUCGUCGCACUUAAAACGUGUCGAGCAAGUUCCGAGUCAGAGGGAACACAAAAUGUCUGGAGCUGGGCACUUUACAGUUUAAUGUUUAGUUUUUAUGUAUUUAACUGAAGAAAUGUUGCAUUGGAAAGCCAGUAUUUGCACGGUGGACCUCAGGGGUUUUGAGUCUUAAAGUUUAAAGGUUGCUGACUUGGUUUGAGGAGCUGGAAGCUGUGAGUGUGUAAAUCUAAUCCAGAAGAAUAAACAUAGUGUUGUUGCUUCAAUCAGUGCCAUUUACAUGCAAUAAUGAUAGAAUAUCAAUACAGCAUGAUAGAACAGUAACUCAGUAUGGUUCAGUACAUGUGAUUAAAUGUUAACGUGCUUGUCAUUCAGCCCAAGAGUGACUCUAAUACACACAAGUAGUUUACACCCAAAUCCUGCCUUUGUCUUAGCUCUUAACAUACACGCUGCAUGUUGAAAUGUGCUGUGUACAAAUUUAUUUAUUUUAAUACAUUUCACCAAGAGAAAUUGUUACCUGCAAUUAACAGAAGCACUAGAUUUGACUUUUUUUGUACUCCAUCUGUGUUGUAUUUUUGCUUUAAAGAAUAAAUUUGUCAUUUAAAUU